AUGAAAAGUGAGACGCACUUCAAUGCUGAAUCAGAUUUUCAAAAUGACUCAAACCUAAAGAUGGAUGAAGCAAACAAUUAUGUACCAUGCAUUUUGGAUGAUGAUAUUGAGAAAGGAAAACCGCACAACCCUAUAUCCAAUGAUGAAUCUGUUGUGAAUUUGAAGACUGAUGAUUCCUUAGUAAAGGCAUUGCAGAGAGAGAUUAGCUUACAGUUAGGAGGAAAAUUCAUGCAGCUCUUGAUGAACCAUGGCCCUGAGUUACCCAAGUUCGCUUCAAGAGGUAGUUAUCGGCUAACACAAUCAUUUUGA